AUGUUAUUGGAGAUGGAGCAGCAUUCGGGCCUGAUAUCCCUGAAUAUGUCGCCGUUCCAUCUGAGCCCGCAGGGUAGUCCCCAAGGUGCGGCCGGUGCCGGUCAGCAACAGCAACAAGCGCAACAGCAACCGCACUACGGUUCCUCGCCAUACGGGAAUUGCGCCCAGAGUCCACCCUCCACCAUGUGCCACCAGUCGCAGUCCCAACAACAGCAACAACAGCAGCAACAACAACAACAAUUAUCGGUUCACAGUCAGUCCCACUCGCAGAGUAGUAUCUCGAGCUUCGACGCGGCGUUUUUCGACUCUACCGCGUUGGAGGAACGUUGCCCGAUGUGCGGGGACAAAAUGUCCGGCUAUCAGUACGGUUUACUCACGUGCGAGUCGUGCAAGGGUUUCUUCAAACGCAACAGCUCGCCGUGCAGUAGUAAGAAAGUAUACACGUGUUUGUUCUCGCCGACUGGUGGAGGAGGAGGAGGUGGGGGAGGAGGUGGUGGUGGUGGUGGUGGAGGAGGUGGCGGUGGAAAUGGUAACAACAGUGGUGGAACCGGUGGAUGCAACGCAUCUUCAGCGCUCGAGAUCGGAUCUUGUGGCAACAAGAAGGUGUACACGUGUCUGUUCUCGCCAACAGGGGCCGGAAGCGGCACCGGAGGCAAUGGCGGCAGCAACAGUGCGGCUAACGGCGCUGGAGGUGGCGGCGGCGGUUGCGGAACGUCGACGGCCCUCGAGAGUACCGGGAGCAGUUAUAACGGCGGGCCCGCCAGUGCCGUCGGGCCCGGAGGUACGGGUGGCGGCGGUGGUGGCGGCGGUGCGGGCGCCGCUGGUGGCGGUGGUGCGGGUGCCGCUGGCGGCAGUGGGCCCACCGCUGGAAACGCCGCCGCUGGCGGCGGUGGUAGCAGCGGCACCGGAGGAGGCGGAGGCGGCGGAUCCGCAACGGUAAGCGGCAAUGUCGCCAUUCCAACUACCACCUACUCUUUACCAUCUGGUACCAUCUGUCAUCCUGGAUUGGGCCAGGUCGGGGUUGGCGUGGUCACUGGCUCGAUACCAUGUCCGUCCGACUUCCCUGAUACCAAGGACAUCAUGAUCGAGGAGCUAUGCCCGGUCUGCGGGGACAAGGUCUCCGGAUACCACUACGGGCUGCUCACCUGCGAGUCCUGCAAGGGUUUCUUUAAGCGCACCGUCCAGAACAAGAAGGUCUACACGUGCGUCGCCGAGAGGUCCUGCCACAUCGACAAAACGCAACGGAAACGGUGUCCGUUCUGCCGUUUCCAGAAGUGCCUCGAGGUCGGCAUGAAGCUUGAGGCCGUGCGAGCGGACCGGAUGCGCGGCGGUAGAAACAAAUUCGGGCCGAUGUACAAGAGAGACCGAGCGCGAAAGCUGCAAAUGAUGAGGCAACGGCAGCUGGCACUGCAAACGAUACGCGGCAGCCUCGGUGAUCCAUCGAACUAUCCCUCCGCCGUAACGCCUUUCCUGCAUAUUAAACAGGAGAUCCAAAUACCUCAGGUCUCGAGUCUAACGUCUUCUCCAGAUUCGAGUCCAUCCCCCGCAGCCGUGGCCGCUGGUCUGGUCACGACACAGGCUGGCAGCGGAGCUGGUCAGCAUCAACUGAUCGCACCGUCCUCCCAGCCAUACAUUUCUGGCGGUAAUCACCUGCACAACCUCAACCCCGGCCUGGAUAGCAAGCUGUGGGCCGCGAACUCGACCACACCGAGCCCGAAGGCGUUCAACUUCGGCGAACAGUCGACGCAACAACCUCACAGCGGUGGAGGUAACGCCGCCGGUUCCGCGGCCUCCACCGCCGCCUUGAAAACUAGUCCGAUGAUAAGAGACUUCGUGCAAACGGUCGACGAUCGCGAGUGGCAGGCGUCCCUUUUUGGACUGUUGCAAAACCAAACGUACAAUCAGUGUGAAGUGGACUUGUUCGAAUUAAUGUGCAAAGUGCUGGACCAGAAUCUGUUCUCGCAGGUGGACUGGGCAAGGAAUUCUGUGUUCUUCAAAGAUCUCAAGGUUGAUGACCAAAUGAAGCUACUACAACACUCUUGGUCGGAUAUGUUGGUGCUCGACCAUCUUCAUCAAAGGUUACAUAAUAAUCUACCCGACGAGACUACACUUCAUAAUGGCCAAAAGUUUGAUCUCCUUUGUCUCGGCCUACUUGGAGUCCCUUCCCUGGCCGAUCUUUUCAAUGAAUUGUCGUCCAAACUGCAGGAACUAAAAUUCGACCUUUCGGACUACAUAUGCAUAAAAUUCCUGAUGCUGCUCAAUCAUGAAGUUCGUGGACUAGUUAACAAGAAACAUGUACAGGAAGGUCAUGAACAGGUCCUACAGGCACUUUUGGAUUACACGUUGACCUGUUAUCCAUCAGUAACGGAUAAAUUUAACAAGCUGCUAGCAGUAUUACCCGAAAUUCAUGUGGUAGCAAGCAGGGGAGAAGAUCAUCUUUACCAGAAGCAUUGUAGCGGUGGAGCACCGACCCAAACUCUUCUCAUGGAGAUGCUUCAUGCUAAGAGAAAAUGAAACGAUAGAUUCGCACGGCGAUCUAGCCACGAGUUAGUCUAUUGCUAUAUCUCAGAAAUCACGAUAGAGCCCCUUACUGUCAAAGUGGACCUCAAGUACCUAUUAAGAGCUAACGCUGCUUAGGUAUUGGACCAAGUUAAGGGGCCCUGGUUCAUAAAAUACCUAUGCAAACAAAUCAAGUAUAGACGUACAUACAUUUACAUAUAUACAUAAUAUAUGUAUUAUAAAAACUGUAUCUAAAUAUAUAAACAUAAUGACAUAUAUUUUCUAUAUUUGAUGUUGAAGUUUUAGAGAUGUAUCCAUGGAGAAUUACUACCCCUGUUUGGUGGGUACAAGCGCAGGGAAACAGUAAGCAAGAUGCCUUGAAAACAGUACAAAGGGUGGUUAACAAAAUAUUGGUCAAAGGGCAGGCAACUUUUGUCUAAAUAAGCAAAGCUAUUUUUCUAAUACUAGAAGCGAUUAUUUUUAAGCAUACCACUGAAGCCUUGCUCUCAUUUUGAACAGAAAAAAAGAAUAAAUAAAACGAAGAGAUGAUAUCCUAAUAGUAACACACGAACGAAAGAAAAACAAACAAAUAAACAAAGAAUUGCCGACGUUACAGUCAAUCGUGGCUUCUGCAAGGGAUUCAAUGGGCAUACUUGAAUGACAGUAAAAUUUCAUGUGAUAUACUUAUAUAUACAUAUAUACAUAUAUGUCGCACGGCCACCUGGGCAUCCUUAGAACUUCCUAUUAAAAAAAUCUGCAUUUUGUCACACUUGCACACAGCAGGGCUACUAUAUUGUAAAUACUAGUUAACACAUUCCAAUUAUGUUGUAAAGUAUAAAUCAUGUUAAAUAUGUAAUUAUAAUAUUUUG